AUGGAUAUCACACAGAAAUCAGAUGACUGGUCAGUCUUACGGGACGCGGUCGAACGACGGCGUAUCCAGAAUCGAGUCGCUCAGCGCAAUUAUCGCAGGAAGAGGAAGGAGCUGCUGGAGCAACAAAGGCUAGAGACGGAGAAUGCUCCGUCGUGUCGUUGCUCCGUCUCAGCUCCCGAGUCUAGCAGUUCUUCCAGCACUUCCACCACACACGGCGGCAGCAGCAGCGAUGGCAAUACGAAUCGCGACAGCGGUAGCAGCGCCGAUAUCAGCUGUAGCGAUUAUUUAAACUCGACAAUAUACACCAGUCCUUCCCAACACAUGUCUCAGAUGUGUCUCGGCACAAAUCCGGGAUCCAAAGACCAGGCACCUUUCUUCACUCCCAUACCGAAUACCACUUCGGCGGCACAUGGCACCAACCCAGCCGGAUCGCGGGAAAGCGUUCCAUUUUCUCAAUACGAUGAAUUACAAAAUUACAGUCCUCCCUGUCAGAUGCAGGAUGGUUCAUUAACAUUUGGCCUCGUCAACACAUCCGUGACCUUGGCCAAGCAUGGCGAGCUGGGGCAGUACGAAGAACUGUUCGAAGACUCUUGGUCCGAGGACAACCGGCAGGCGAGCCCAGCACUGACGAACAACCAGGCCCUGGCCCUGCCGACAUCAGACUCCCGCUCGACGGACGCAUCGCGAGACUGGAGGCCGGCCGACGGGCUGACGGCACUACACACGGCCGCCUUCUUCGCGCACGAGUCCAUCAUCGGCAUGAUGCUCGACAAGGGCGCCGACAUUGAGGGGACGAGCGCGGCGGGCCUGACGGCACUCCACAUUGCCUCGCUCCGGGGAUGCCACGGCGUCGUCGCGCUCCUCCUGAGGCGCGGGGCCUACAUUGAGUCGCGAGACGGGGCUGGGCAGACGGCGCUCUGCCUGGCGGCGCGCGAGGGACACGGCGCAACGGUACAGGUGCUGCUCGAUCACCGGGCGUUCCUGGAGGCGGUGGACCACCGGGGAUCGACGCCGCUCCACGCUGCGGUGCGCGGCGGCUGGGAAGAGGUUAUCCAGCUCCUGCUCGACAGCGGGGUCAAGGUCAACGCCAAGGACAGCAGCGGCAGGACAGCGCUGCAUCUGGCGGCUGAGAACGGCCGGGACGGGGUUGUGCGGAUGCUGCUGGCGAGGGGGGUCGACAUUGAUGCCAAGACGAAAUGA